GAACUAGAAUUCCAGGCGAGAACCCGGAGCCAACACGCGGAUUAUUUCGUGUUCCUUUGCCCGCGUCCAUCAUGGCAUCAACCGAGGAAAUAGCCGUAUCCGCACUUGUUUACGAUUAUCUCUUGAAAAAAGAUGCAGCCCUCGCGAAAGUGUUCCAGAAGAAGACGAACGCACCGGCGCUGCCGAAGGGUUCUCCAGGUAUCCUGGAGGUGAUAAAGCACUACCAGAAGAGCUCCCCGAAGAAGCUGGUGAUAAAGCCAUCAAAAUCGAACGACUCGGACUCGAGUUCAUCCAGCGAGGACGAGGCCCCGAAGAAGGCUCAGCCCCAGGUGAACGGAACAGGAAAAGCCCAGAAGAAGACGGCAUCCUCGUCUUCAGACUCGUCAGACUCUGAGGAGGAGAAAAAAGUGCCUCCCAAGACAGCAGCGAAAUCUUCAGUAAAGGCUCCAGUAAAAAAGGCAGACUCUUCAUCAGACAGUUCUUCAGAGGAAGAGGAGUCAAAGCCAGUGAAACCAGCAGUGAAACAAGCAGCAAAACAAGCAGCAAAACCAGCAGCUAAACCGACCCCGAAGGACUCCUCUGAGAGUUCCUCCGAAGAGGAGGAUCCCAAGCCAACGAAUUCGUCACCAGCUAAACCAACAGCUGCCAAAGUGCCAGCAAAGAAGAAAGACUCCUCAAGUGAUUCAGACUCCGAUGAAGAGGAAUCAAAGACAAAAGCAGUUGCCAAAACUCCAGUUAAAGUCCAGGCGAAGACCCAGGUGAAGAAGGAAGCUGAAGAAUCGUCGGAUGACAGUUCAUCGGAGGAGGAGGUAGUGGUUAAAAAUGCUCCGAAGGCAGUGGCAGGGAAGGCCAAGGCUCCAGCGAAGAAAGAGUCAUCGUCAGACGAUGAUGACUCCUCUGAGGAUGAGAAGCCAUCGAAGGUACCUGUGAAGGCGCCAGUUACGACUCCAGGGAAGACUCCAGGGAAGACUCCAGGGAAGAAUGUACCUGUGAAAAAGGCGGAGAGCAGUGACAGCAGUGAUUCUGAUGAUGAACCACCUACUAAGAAAGCAGCUCCAGCCAAAGCUACACCCAAGGUCACACCCAAGGCUGCAUCCAAGGCUCCAGCUAAAGCACCAGUUAAAGAGGAGAGUGAGGACUCCAGUGACGACUCCUCUGAUGAGGAGCCCCCGAAGAAGCAAGCAUCACCCAAGAAGGCAUCAGUGCCAGUGAAAAAAGAUUCAUCCUCCAGUGAUUCUGAUUCUGAUGACGAGGAGACCAAGGUACCAGUCAAGGUCGUUAAGAAGCCUGUGAAGAAAGAGGAGUCAGACUCGAGUGACGAGGAUUCUGAGGAGGAGAAGCCCAAAGCCAAGCCAACACCUGUGAAGAAGGCUCAGGAGUCCAGUGAUGAUGAGGAUGAGGACGAAGUACCAGUCAAAAAGAGUCCUGUCAAGGCUGCCAAGAAGGAGUCCAGUGAAUCUGAAAGCGAAGAGGAGCCUGCACAGACACCUAUCAAGAAAACACCAGGACCUGGAGAGAAGAGAAAACGAGAGGACAGCGAUGACACUCCACAGAAUAAAUUCAAGAAGAACGAUUACAGUAAUUUUGUGAAAGGGGGAAUGAAUGGGGAUAAGUACCAGAAAAACACUCCAUUUCGGCGUGUUAAGGACGACGAGGUAGCAGUGCCAUCAGAGUUAGCUAAUAAUUCCUUCGAGGCUAAGAGAGGCGCCCGUGGCUCGUGGGGAGAGAAAGCGAAUCUAGACCUGAAGUACACCAAGGGAAAAUCAUUCAGACACGAGAAAACGAAGAAAAAACGAGGUGCCUACAGAGGAGGGCAGAUCGACGUAUCCGUCAAUUCAAUUAAAUUUGACGAUUAGACUCACCCCUUAAUUACCCCCUGUUAUAUACAUCUAAAUGCCUGUUCGCAAUCCCCACUGCAUAAUUAUCAAUAAGUCGAUGUAUCUCAAUCAUUAAUACACAUCAAAUUAAUUCAAUAUUCCAGUUAGAGACAGUGAGAUUCGAAGUGUGAAGAGCAUUCUAGUUUUUACGAUUUAUUUUUCUUUUUUAAUUAGUUUAUGUCGGGAGUUUAUUCAAGUUAUUCGUAACUUGUCGUGUAGGUAAUCAAUGACUUGUGGAGUUUUUUUUUUAUGCAAGGAAACUCGUGCGUGUAAUCACAUGUGACUACAGAAUUAAUUUGCAUAUUUCAAGAAAAAAAUUUAAUAAACGAUAAGAAAAAAAUUACAAAUCGAA